UACCACAAGAGAAACCAUGACUUCUUCAAUUAAAGGUUCAACAGAGCACAGAGAAGUUUCCAAAGACUUUGGAAUGGAAGAGGAUGAAGACCUUUUUGAGAUUGAUCUUGAGGCAGUGAACUGCAUUCCACCACCCCAUUACUGGGAAAGUUACUACACUUCCACAGGGAAUGCACUUCUGGCCAAUUGUUUGAUGCCAAUAUCUGAAAUCUCUUGUGCUGUUCCAGCUUGUAAUGCAGUGUCUUUUGCAGGGAAGAGCAAUGUUCUCUUUAUGACAGAGGCAAUGUCAUUGGGGGAAUAUCUUAGGCUACCGUUCUUGGGGCCUCUUGGACUAUUAGAUGAGAAAAUGGGAGCACCAUUUCAUUUUCAGUUUCAGCAUUAGAGACUUGUAAUAUAUCAACUUGCUGUGUGGUUGAUGAUAUGUUCUGCAACUUAGCAACUAGUAACAUAGCACACUUAUCUUU